UAUGCCUUGAUCAGUGCCCAGCGGUGUAUGAUUUGCCAAGGAGAUAUUGCACGGUAUCGAGAACAAGCCAAUGACACAGCAAACUAUGGGAAAGCACGCAGUUGGUACUUGAAGGCCCAGCACAUUGCUCCCAAGAAUGGGCGCCCCUACAACCAGUUGGCUUUGCUGGCAGUGUAUACGAGGAGGAAGCUUGAUGCUGUAUAUUACUAUAUGCGCAGUUUAGCUGCCAGCAACCCUAUUCUGACUGCCAAGGAGAGUCUGAUGAGCUUGUUUGAAGAGACUAAACGAAAGGCAGAACAAAUGGAAAAGAAACAACAUGAGGAGUUUGAAUUAAAUCCUGACCAGUGGCGAAAAGGAAAGAAGUCUACCUUCCGGCAUGUUGGAGAUGACACCACUCGUUUGGAGAUCUGGAUUCAUCCAUCCCAUCCCCGGUCUUCGCAGGGAACUGAGUCUGGGAAGAUUGCUGAGCAGGAGAAUGUACUGGGCAGCCUGAGCCCUAGUGAUCUGAACAAAAGGUUCAUCCUCAGUUUUCUCCAUGCCCAUGGGAAGCUGUUUACCCGGAUUGGGAUGGAGACAUUCCCUGCAGUGGCUGAGAAGGUCCUCAAGGAGUUCCAGGUGUUGCUGCAAUAUAGCCCAUCUCCUAUUGGAAGUACCCGCAUGCUGCAGCUUAUGACUAUCAACAUGUUUGCUGUACAUAAUUCCCAGUUGAAAGAUUGUUUUUCAGAGGAGUGUCGCUCUGUGAUCCAGGAGCAAGCUGCAGCCCUUGGUCUUGCCAUGUUUUCUCUCCUAGUGCAGCGCUGUACCUGCCUCCUUAAGGAAUCUGCCAAAGCUCAGCAGUCCUUGUCUCCUGAGGACCAGGAUGACCAAGAUGACAUCAAGGUGUCUUCCUUCAUCCUGGACCUGAAGGAACUGCUCCCCAGUGUGAAAGUAUGGUCAGACUGGAUGCUCGGCUACCCAGACACUUGGAAUCCUCCACCCACAUCCCUGGAUUUGUCAUCACAGGUUGCUGUGGAUGUAUGGUCAACGCUUGCUGAUUUCUGUAACAUACUGACUGCAGUGAAUCAGUCUGAGGUGCCACUGUACAAGGACCCGGAUGAUGACCUCACCCUUCUUAUCCUGGAAGAGGAUCGGCUUCUCUCAGGCUUUGUCCCAUUGCUAGCUGCCCCUCAGGACCCCUGCUACGUGGAGAAAACCUCGGAUAAGGUUAUUGCAGCCGACUGCAAAAGGGUCACGGUGCUGAAGUAUUUUCUGGAAGCCCUUUGUGGACAAGAAGAGCCUCUGCUGGCAUUCAAGGGUGGAAAAUAUGUGUCAGUGGCACCCGUCCCAGACACCAUGGGAAAGGAAAUGGGAAGCCAAGAGGGAAAACAACUGGAAGAUGAGGAAGAAGACGUGGUGAUUGAAGACUUCGAGGAAGAUUCAGAAGCAGAAGGCAGCGGGGGUGAGGAUGACAUCAGGGAACUUCGGGCCAAGAAGUUGGCUCUAGCCAGGAAGAUAGCCGAGCAGCAGCGUCGCCAAGAAAAGAUCCAGGCUGUCCUGGAGGACCAGAGUCAGAUGAGGCAGAUGGAGCUGGAGAUCAGACCCUUGUUCCUCGUACCAGACACCAAUGGCUUCAUUGACCACCUGGCCAGUCUGGCCCAACUGCUGGAGAGCAAGAAGUACAUCCUGGUGGUUCCCCUCAUCGUGAUCAAUGAGCUGGAUGGCCUUGCCAAGGGGCAGGAGACAGACCACCGUGCUGGAGGCUAUGCCCGUGUGGUACAGGAAAAGGCCCGGAAGUCCAUCGAGUUCCUUGAGCAGCGAUUCGAAAGUCGGGACUCUUGCCUGCGAGCCCUCACCAGCCGAGGCAAUGAACUUGAAUCCAUCGCCUUCCGCAGUGAAGACAUCACUGGCCAACUGGGGAACAAUGAUGACCUGAUCCUCUCGUGUUGCCUCCACUACUGCAAAGACAAAGCCAAGGACUUCAUGCCCACCAGCAAAGAGGAGCCAAUCCGUCUGCUGAGGGAGGUGGUGCUAUUGACUGAUGACCGGAAUCUGCGUGUGAAGGCGCUGACGAGGAAUGUGCCUGUGCGGGACAUCCCAGCCUUCCUCGCAUGGGCCCAGGUGGGCUGAGGGGACCACAUAGGGCCCACCCCAAUGGAACCAUUCCUGACCAGCCACAAGGCGCCAAGUGUAGCACGGAAGAUGCCCACGUGCCUGAGCCACCAAACCACCCUGACAAUAAACCAUCCUCUUCCAACCCACACCGUGGCCAUGCUGUGGGGGAGUUGCUCCUCACAGAGACCCCCAAGGGCUGGUGGAAGCUGCUGGAACCCGCCUGGGCUGCCAAGAUUUAGUGGGGAGGUGGCUAGCCACAGCAGAACAGUUGGCAAGCCGAACGAGCUGCCCAUGCCUCAACCUCUCCCUCCAGCUUCAUUCCAGGGAUGGGAAAGGCCUGCUUACCCGGGGACUACCCCGCUUUCUCUCAUGGCAAUGGGGCAGGAUUCUAGUGUUUCCUUCAGAUGUAGGUGACAUCACAAGUCCUUUUCAUCUAUAGAAUCUGUCCUAAAUGUGUCCAAGAGGCUUAGGCUAUAUCAUGAAGAGUGUCCAGGGGGUGUCUCCAGCUUCCUGAGGCUUGGAUCCCCCAUGGACCCAAGUUAGGUUCUGGACAACCUGUCCCUAACAGCAGCCUUGGUCCUGAACACACACACCCAUCCUGCUACUCCGCUUCCUGUCCCCAUCAAUCUGGGUCUCUUGCACUUUGUCUCCUGUUUUCCCUUAGACUGUCAUGGGCCUACAGGGAAGAGACAUCUGGUCUCAGGCCUGUGCUUCCUGGGUGGCCUUCUCAUGUUCCUCUCAUUUGCCUGCCUUUUUUGAAGGGGUGCUGGGAAUCAAACUCAGAACUUCAGGCUUGCCAGGCAGGCACUGUACCACCUACCUUUGGCUUUAGUUCCCUCUUCCAGAAAUUUCUUGACUCUUCUCACCACUACCCUUGGCCCUUGGCCACCCAGAGCAUCUCUUCAUCCUCUCCUUUUUUCGCUUUUACCCUUCCCAGGCCUCUUAACUUCCUAACCUCAGUUCCUUGCCAUGGGGGUCAGCUACCUGCAGCAGGAAACUAAUAAGGCAAGGCAUUCCCACUUGCUCCCCAGGCCCCUGUGUUGUAGGAAGUUUCCAGACUGGUACAGCCCAGUCUGUGGGUAGGAUGGUCAGUGCCUAGAGGAGUAUUACACAGCCUGAAGCAUUUACCUUCUUUCCAGCUUUACCCUCCACUUCCCAAAACUGGCACAGAGCCCUUUAGCUUGAAAGUUUUUUGUUGCCUCUUUAGCUAGUACCCAAUGUUUGCAAUCUCACGGAGGCUUUCUCCACCAAAUGAGUUCCUCCAACCCAGGGAUGAGGAGGCAGUAGAAGAGAAAGCAGGGUCUUAGGUGAAGGAAGGGUAAAUCUUGCUGGGACCAGUAGGCUGAUCUCCCCAGUCUACUAUUUGACUGUACAGCCUGCCCAGAGCAUGGAAGUAUUCCGUGCCCUCCCAGAGGCCCCAGAGUAUGCCAGAAGGAGGGGAGCAGUGCAGGAGCACCAAGGCCAGUGGCUCAGGGACAUAAAUCCCUCAGGGCCUCAAGGCUCAGAAGACUGGCCCCUUGAGAGUAUGGGGUCCUGGUUCUCCUUUGACUUUUCCCUGGCUGACGCCAGUGACUGGGUGGGUGGGAGACCCAUCUCUUUUUCUCUGUCCCAUUUACAACACUGGUUGUGUUUCCUUAAUAAAUUUUAGUUAUAAAAUUACCUGACUCCUGCCUAUUUCUGGGGGUAGGGAAGGUCAACCCUGUACACCGGGGUGUC